AUGCAUAUUGAUGAUGAUACUCAAAAUGUUACAAAAAUUAAAUCGCAUUUAGUGAUUGAUAUGCAAAAUCAUCAUGAUAUCAUCAAAGAAAAAUUAAGUGACUAACCUAGAAAGGUCUUAAUAUUGAAUACAGGUGGAACAAUAUCAAUGUUUCCAUCUUCAUCUGGAUAUGUUACAAAAACGGGAGCAUUAAAAAACUUUUUACAAAACAAUCCAUUCUCUUGUGAUAUGGAUUACACUUACUUUAAGGCUACUGAUGAUUUUCUAAUUACUCCCAUAACAGCCUUUAAUAGGAGAAUUUGGUUUAAAGUUGAUGAAUUAGAUAAGUUGCUUGAUUCCUCAAACAUGACUUCAGAUGAUUGGGUAACCAUAGCUGAGAGGAUAGAGAAAGCCUAUAAAUAUUAUGAUAGUUUCAUCAUUUUACAUGGAACAGAUACUAUGGCAUAUACUGCAAGUGCUUUAUCUUUUAUGUUUCAAAAUCUAUCAAAAACAGUGAUAUUGACAGGUAGUUAAGUUCCUUUGUCACAACCAAGAAAUGAUGGAUUUACUAAUUUUCUUAAUGCUCUCACAAUAGCUGGACAUUUUACUAUUCCAGAAGUAUUAAUAUGUUUUUAGGAUAAAUUAUUAAGAGGUAAUAGAGCUUAGAAAGUUAAUUCUUCUUCUUUGGAUUCAUUUGAUUCUCCAAAAUUCACUCCUUUAGGAUAUUUUGGAGUAAAUAUUAGUAUUAAAUGGGAUAUUAUAAUGAAGAAUCCCAAUGAAGAGAAUUUAUAAGUGAAUAAGAAAUUCUGUACAAAUAUAAGUUUGAUACGUUUGAAUCCAUUAUUAAAUCAUGUCACUCUAAAUGAGAUAUUUAAGAAUGAGAAAUUGAAAGGUGUUGUUAUAGAGACUUAUGGAGCAGGUAAUAUGUAAACAGAAGAAAAGUUUUGUAAUGAAAUUGCAUAGGCAGCCAAAAGAGGAAUUGUCAUAGUCAAUAUAUCUCAAUGUCAUACAUCACAAGUAGAAAUGAUUUAUGAGACAGGCAUCAUAUUUGAGAAUAUGGGAGUGUAUAUUUCUAUAAUGAUUAAUUUUUAGUAUAAGUGGAGGAGAUAUGACAUCUUAAGCAGCUUUUACUAAAUUAGGAUAUUUAUUAGCUUAAACUGAUGAUGUUGAUAAGGUUAAGGAUGAGUUUUAAAGAAAUAUAAGAGGAGAAUUAACAGAAUCAGGUGGUACAGCAGAGACUGAACCAUUUUUAAUGGCCUUAUCAUCAGCCAUUAAAUAGUAACAUUCCAAAAUAGAUUUGAAUAAAGAUCUUGUGUUUCCAAAUAUAUUGUGUUAGAUAUGUGUUCAAAAGAAGAAAUUAUCAUCAAUGAAAUUAUCAAAAAUUGUAAUAGAACUAUAAAUUAACAAUAGGAAAUCAAUUAUAAAGCAUAAGAUUAUGAUAAAAGAAGUAUAUUACAUGUAGCUGCAAGAGAAGGUUCAUUAGAAAUUGCAGAACUCAUUCUCAGGAAAUGCCCAGAAAUUGUUAAUAAUGUUGAUAGAUGGAAACAUAGUGCUAUGUAUGAAGCUGUUAUGGCUAAGAAUACUUAAAUGAUCUAAUUACUCUUGAGAUUCCAAGGGAAAUUGAUUGCUCCAAUAAAAGAGUUGACUUAACUUUUGAUGUUAGAUAUUGCAAAUGGCAAAGGAGAGAUGCUUAAUCUCUUUUAUGAGGCUGGAGAAAGAGAUUUUACUUAAUAUAAAACUGAAGAUAAUAGAACUGUUGCUCAUUUGGCUGUUUCUGUAGGUAAUGAUGCUGCUUUACAAUUUCUAUCUAAUCCUGGAGUGAUUUUUGAUUGGUAGGUUCAAGACAAGUUUGGAAGAAUACCAAAGGAUGAGAAAAUAUUAUAGAAAAGAUUAUUAAAGAGAUGAU